AUGAUGAUGACGUGCCGUCUGCUGUGCGCCCUGUUGGUGCUUGCCCUGUGCUGCUGCCCGUCCGUGUGCGUGGCAGACGCUGAGCCUGAAGUUGAUGUUCAAGGUUCUUCCAGUACGAUAACGGCGACUCAAACGCGGCUACCAGACCCCAAUGAGACGGCUGACCCUAAAACUGAUGUAGUUGUCGUUCAACCGCCUUCACCACCAGAUCCAUCACAGGAGACCGCUGGCCAGCCAGGGUCGCCAGGUUUGGGGUCCGUUCCGGAUCAGGGAAACGUUUGCGGAAAGGGACCAGGUGUGACCCCUGGGGAACCACAAUCAAAUGUCGUGACCAAUAAUUUACAGACAGAAGGCAAGGACAGUAUGACAGGAAGACAAAAUGGCACUAAUACAUCCGCAGAUAAAGCAGCUCAGGAAGCCAAAGAUGCUGCCCAGACGACUACGACCACGACGACCACGACAAAGGCACCAACCACGACGACCACCACUACAACACAGGCACCAAGUGCUACGACUACAGAGGCACCAGCUGUGUCGACCACCCGCGCACUGUCACGUCUUCGCGAAAUCGACGGCAGCCUCAGCAGCUCUGCGUGGGUGUGUGCCCCGCUGGUGCUUGCCGCAUCCGGGCUGGCGUACACCACUCUGGGCUGA